UGUAUACUGCACACUCUGCUGCUUCUUGUGCUUGCUUUGAACCGUAGAUUUAAAGCAUGUUUUAAAAAAUCACACAAACCGCCUUCUCACUUUCUCUCUCUACCUCUCUCUCUCUCUACAUGGCCGGUGCUAGCUAAUAUACAUACAUCCACAAAUAUCUCUUCCUUUGAUAUUUCAAUCAUAGCUUCUCUCCGAAUAUUCAUACAUCUGCAGACAAAUUUCUCUUUUAAGAAAAGAUUUCGUGUUUGUCCUAUCGAUCGAUCCUCUUCUACUCUUAGGUCGCCAUGAGUAAACAGGAUAUGCUCAAGGUUCAGACGUGUGUUCUGAGAGUGAAUAUACACUGUGAGGGCUGUAUGCACAAGGUGAAGAAGAAGCUGCAGAAGGUUGAAGGAGUGUAUAAGGUGAAUAUAGAUGCGAAUCAGGGGAAGGUGGUGGUGUCGGGGAAUGCGGAUCCGGCGAGGCUAAUCGAGAAGCUCGAGAAGGCGGGGAAGCACGCGGAGCUGUGGGGCCCGCAGAUGCAGCAGUUUCCGAUCUCGCGCGAGCAGAUGAAGAAGUUCCAGAUUGAGAGCUUGAGCAAGAGUAAUAAUCAGAAGCAGCAGAUGCUGAUGAAGAACAGUGGAUUCGCUCAGCUUCCUCUGAAGAAAGGAGGCUCCAAACAUGAGAAAAUUCAUCCGGCUAAGGACCACAAGUCGGUCAGAUUCGACUUGCCGGAAGACGAUGACGAUGACGACGACGACGAUGAUGAUUACGACGAUGACGAGGAUGAUUUCGACGAUGAGGACGACGACGAUUUCGAGGAGCGGUUUGGGGAUGUGAAGAAUCAUGGUAAGCCGCUUGUGAAAGGGGCGGUUGUUGGACAGAAGCCGGGUAAGGGAGAUAAAGGCGGUGGUGGUAAAGAGGGGAAGGCGAAGAAGAAGGGCGGCGGCGGUGGCGGUGGUGGAAUUGAUACGUUUAUCAAGAGUAUGUUGAAGAAGGCCGGUGGGAAGAAGGGGAAGUCGGAGAAGAGUAGUAAGAAGGGGGAGAAGAAGAAAGAGGAUGGCGGCGGAGGCGGAGGAAAGAAGGGUGGAUUUGAGUUUGGAGAUGUCAAAAAGGGGAAGAAUGAUGAUAAUUGGAGCAAGAAAUCCGGUGAGAAUUUGCAUUUUCAUGGAGGUAAACAACAUCCUCAACAUCAUCAUCAGCAGCAGCAGCAGGCCUUCAGUGAGAUGAAAGCGAAUCACAAAGGGGGCGGAGGCGGAGGAGGCGGCGGGAGGAAUAUGGAGAUGAUGGGGGGAAUGCCGGCGGUGGCGGGGAUGCCGGCGAUGAACGGCGGCCGGUUCCCGGGGGCCGGGCCGGGGAAUCCGUACAGCCAGCAACAAUACAUGGCGCAGAUGAAUCAGAUGAUGAUGAUGAAUCAGAUGAAUCAGCAGCGGGAGCAUGGUCACGAUGCGGCGGCGGCGUAUCAUCAUCAGAUGGCUUACGCGAGGCCGCCCCCGCCGAUGAUGGGGUACGGAGGGCCGCCGCCGAUGGGAUACGGGCCGCCGCCGGCCUCGGGUGAGUAUGCUCAUCAUAUGUUUAGUGAUGAGAAUACUGAUAGCUGUGGUAUUAUGUAAAUUUUGCGAGGGAUUUUGCUUUGUCACGAAUAUUAAUUAUCUCGAUUGUAUUUUAUCAAGUUUUUAGUGUUAUGAAGCAAGUAGGGUUGAUUAGUUGUUGUUUAUGAAUUUUUAGUAUGAAGGAGAAAUGGGAUAUUUGAUUAAAUGUA